CGGUACCAUCGCUGCUUCGUAACGAUACUAAGCACAGAAGAAACUUCAGCCAUAGGAGUACGGAUAAAGGCAACAUCAAUUUGUGUAUCAUAAGUUUCGAUCGCAGAGUGUAUUAUUUGGUAACUGUCUAUAUAGCAAGUGCCAGCGGUACAAACUUAGUUUGCUUAAAAUUAUUGUCUCCUGCACAUAGGCUUACACAUCGCGUGUGGUUAGUCACUCAUAAAUCCGCUUACAUUGAAUUUUAUGUGUCAGUUGUUUCAAAAAUGUGUAAUGAGUGAAUACAGCUACGAAGAUAAGGCAGCGGGUUAAAUCACAACCCAGCCCAGCUUUCCUCAAACUAAUCUGUAUGCGGUGACGACAGUAUUGCCACCCGCUGAAGUAUUUUCAAAUAAACAGUUGCAAAUUUUUUAAGAACAACGGUCUAAGUUCCUGCUGUUACGUAAAAGUUCCACAGUCAGUGGUGAAACGGAUACUGAAUAUAACCGGAGGCGCUCAACCCGCGGUUGUCUCAUAUCGUCGAGGUGGGUUUAUUGGUAUUACGUUUCAUGCCAGUAUGUCGGUGACGGAUUUGGGAAGUGUAGUUGAGUUGAUUAAGUGACAAGUAACAGAGACAGACCUAUCGCGCUUCAAAAAGUUGUGAGGAACUUCCAGCAAUGUGCCUCUAUACAGGGCUAACCAUGAGAUGGACUAAAUGUGGCGCGAUGCCGUUCGGGCUGCUGAAGCUCAAAAAAUCUAGGAACUACUCGGUGGUGUCUAAAUCGCUAUGUGUGAUCAUCGUCAAACUGCUUGAGAAUGGAACGGUUGAAUGCAUACUGAGUUCGCGAACCAUCGGACACGAGUGUCUCGACAAUGUAUGUCAGCGACUGCAAAUUGCCCAAACUGAAUAUUUCGGUCUGCGAUACGCCACCAAAGAUGGCAGUCAACGCUGGGUCGAUCUGGAUAGGCCACUUAAGAAACAACUAGAUAAAUACGCGCAAGAGUUUUCACUGACACUUGGCAUUAUGUUUUAUGUGUUCAACGUCGACCAUUUGUCCGAUGAACCCACGAGAUAUUACUACUUUUCCCACCUCAAAAGUGACAUUCUUGAAGGCCGUCUGCGUUGUAACCGCGAAGAGGCGGUGCAACUAGCCUCAUUUAGCCUACAAGCGGAAUUUGGUGACCAUCGACCUGAACACCAUACGCCCGAAUAUCUCAAGAACUUUGUUCUAGUUCCGAAAUACCUCACCGGGGUAGCAGGUGGCAAUCAAGGAGAUCAACUGCUUGAGGAGAUUAUUAAAGCGCACCAGAGUCUUCAUGGCACCCCGCAUGCGGUUGCCGAACUGUACUAUUUAAUGGCGGUACAGCGGCUGGAAGGUUAUGGAGAGGAAUUGUUUAACGUAAAGGAUCAGAUUGGCCAGGAUGUUACGUUAGGCGUAUCUGCAUUGGGUGUGACGGUUCGCUACCCAUCUCGAAUACAGCACGAACAGUCAAUGGCGUAUCAGUGGUCAGAAAUAGUGGACCUUAUCCAUCACAAAAAGUUCUUCAAGGUCGAAGGCCGAGACACGAACUGCUGUGCGCAAUUCCAGUUGGAUGAUGUAAUUACGGCUAAGUAUAUUUGGAAACAGUGUGUACAGCAACACAAGUUCUAUAUGCAAAUGAAGCAACUAGAAGCAGAUAGUAAUGGCAAUGCAGCUGGGCCCUUUGUCGCCAUUGCAGGUGGCAGCAGCAGCAGAGAUAAAGAGGUUAUCAAGAACCAGCACGCGAUUAACGAGGGUCCCAUGCGGUCACCACUUGUUGUUAACAAUAACAACAACAAUACGAACAACAACGCCCAUAGUUUGGGUAGUUUAGAUGAUUUAGACAGCGGCGUCUACAACACGGAGACGCAAACAAGUCACAUUGGACAACAGCAACAGAUAACUGGUGGGGGGCUGCAGGUGGCUCCGCCUAACUCAACUCCUUGCGUGUCGACAGCUGGUAGCGGUCCACGCCACGUGACCCAAAUGAUUGUCACACAAUUGAUGGUGGCCAAAGAGGAGCCUGAUUAUGAAAAUGUUUCCAUGCUGUUGGCAAAUUCAGAGGAAGUUCGUAGGGCUCUUUUGCCAGAUUAUCGUAAAGCACCGGACUACGAACAGGCAAUUCGAAUGAAGUACCAAAUUUCCGCAAGCCUUAACGACCUCUCAUACGGCAGCUCUGCUCACAGAUGUCACCACAGUACGCAGGGUCAUCAGCAUAAUCAUCACAACCGACUCUACGGAAAUUAUGCAAGUUCUAUUCCUAGCUCAAACAUCGAUAUUAGCCCUACAUCAAAAUCUUACAAUCCACUAAUGCCUCUCAAUUCAUAUUCGCAGUACGGCCAAUAUAGCACCGACCUGCAGGCCAUAGGUAAUUCGUCUCAAGAGCUUGUGGGCGUGUAUUCACGACAAAUUUCUAAAACAACCUCAAAUCUACCUUAUCAAACUGCGAUGCAUACACAGUAUAACAGUACACCAGAACUUAACAUUAACCUUGAUCGUAGACAAAGCGCUGUCUUGCCGGGAGCUCGAGAUCUGUACCCGAUAGAAGCGCGAGUUGCUAUCACAACAUCGACUGGUCGAGGCACUAGCACAUCGGUUCCCGAUCUAACUCAGUCGCUAAAUAGCUGCCAUUCGUCAUUUGUCCAGAUUCAAACGGCACCAGACGUGAUUGGGCAAUCGCAGUUGCAGCAUGCUGAUCUGUCAAGAUCGCGACUUUCGUCCGAUAGUUCUUCGACACAUACUUCAGCUACACACACCCCGCUCCAGUCUGCAUCUAGGUAUACUAGUAAUAGUAAUGGCGGUUCCAGUAACACCCCAAAUAACAAUAACCCCACUUGUAAUAAUAGCAAGCCAUCAACAACGGCCACUGUUGUUACUGUUAAUAACCAGAAGGUGGCCUAUCAGUCCUAUAAUAGUGAGACUUCGGCGAAAGAGGCCAACAUUACCAAGGUGCAGGUCACGUCUACGCAUUAUAGCUCGGAUCGAACAGCAUUAGCAGCGGUUUCUCCCACUGUCGCCACUAGUACUGCUAACAGCACUAGCGCCACUGUUACUCCUUCCCUAGCGGAAUCCCAUUCACGGUCCUCGAAUGUCCUAGCAGGGCCAAUGCUGCUAGCAGCGAUGAACGGCCUUGCGGGCCCCAGUGUGAAACCCGAUAUUUUAGAAAACGUACACGACAGCGUAAUGGUUGAGAAAAUGAUGGAUGAACCACCAAAAGACUCGCGGAUACAGGACCUCGAGACGAAGUUAGCUGGUGGCCACGUUUUCCAGGAGUUUGAACAGAUAGUCAAAAAGAAACCAAUGGCGAACUUUGCUACGGCAAUGUUAGCCGAGAACAUGCCUCGCAAUCGCUUCAAAGAUGUUCUACCGUACGAGGAGAACCGGGUGCGACUCGGCCCAUCAAAAGAUAACCGUACUGGCUAUAUCAAUGCAUCACAUGUCUCCGUGAGUAUUGGCGAAAUGCAUCGAUUUUAUAUCGCUGCACAGGGUCCCAUGGCCAACACAUGCUUUCACUUUUGGCAAAUGAUUUGGGAGAAUAACACGGCGAUUAUAGUUAUGUUAACCGAUGUAGUUGAGGGUGGCAAGGAGAAAUGUCAUCCGUACUGGCCUCAGGCGGAUGAUUCGCGGGUAACGUUCAAGGACUUCGUGGUCACACGCAAGACAACCUAUGUGUCUUCGACAUUUACAACGUGUGCCCUGCAAGUGCAGUACCUGCCGACACGAGUGACACGGACCGUGUACCAUCUUCAAUACACGGACUGGCCUGAUCACGGCUGCCCAUUGGAUAUCCACGGCUUUCUAUCGUUUAUGGAGGAAAUCGAAAGUGUUCGUCGGCUGGUAUUAUCUGAACAGAACCUAGCUCAGAAUCGGGCGGUCCGCAAUGCCCCCGUGGUAAUGCACUGCACUGCCGGCGUUGGCCGCUCCGGCGUUGUCAUACUAUGCGACCUUCUUCUUUUUUGUCUCGACCAUAAUCACCCUAUCGACGUUCCGCAGGCACUUACCUAUAUUCGCUAUCAGAGAAUGCUUUCGGUGCAAACCCUUGCGCAAUACAAAUUCGUUUACCAGGUGUUAAUACAAUACCUCAAGAACUCAAGGUUAAUCUAGGUUUUGCUUUUCGCGCGUACACGGAUU